AUGGAUGAUGAAGAGAAAGCACUUAACUCCAAUGGGACCAUGAGUGGAUGCUCCAUUGCGGACUUGUGGAUACACAAUGAUAGGAUCUUUUAUUACGAGGGAUGGUUUUUGGCUAUGCCUUCCCAGCCUAUGAAUGCUAUAAGGAAGUUGAAAAGAAUAGACCAGAAAUUGAACAACUUCGCUUUUGGUGCCAAUACUGGAUUUUGGGUCCCAAUGUAUAGUGAAGCUAAGUUGGCAUUUUUCAUAUACUUGUGGUACCCGAAAACUAAGGGAACAUCAUAUGUGUAUGAUUCCUUCUUUAGACCGUAUGUUGCAAAACAUGAGACAGAAAUUGAUCGCAACUUGUUGGAACUAAGGACAAGGGCAGGAGACAUUGCAGUUUUGUAUUGGCAAAAAGCUACUGGCUAUGGCCAGACUAGAAUAUUUGACAUUUUGCAGUAUGUUGCUGCACAAUCAACACCUUCGCCCCACCCUGCACAGAUUGAUGUUUUCUCCAUAUUAUCAAACGUGCAACCACCAACUGUGAGGGUGCGUCAACCCCCAUCUAGUAAUAGCCAACCAGUGGCUGCAACAGAACCACAAGCUGAAGAUCCAUCUUCUCCUACUUCUAGCACGUCCACUCAGUUCCAGAAGGAAGUAGCCGGGGAACCACAAGUGCCUAAAGCACCCUCCACUGUAGCAGGAUUGAAGAGUCAGAAGUCCAAUCCUAUGCUUGAAACUACCAAUCAAUCCGUACCUCCAGAGGAAGAGCCAAUGCAGAAUGUAGCAACAGCACCUUCAUCCUCUUCUCCAAAUGAAAAUGAGAGCGUUCCCGUGGAAGAUACCAUAAUGGAAGAAAGUAUUAGGGUUACACGAGCUAGACUAAGAAAAAAUCGAUCAGCUGGAAUCCAUUAG